AUGACAAUCGCGUUCACGAUUGGGUAUCGCGUUGGCGAAAGGAAAAUAGCUGGUGUGGAUUUUUGCCUUCACGUUCGCGAAGGGAAGCUCGCAUUCGCGAAAAGUUCGCCCGAUUGGAGCUUGGGAGGAGGCGAUGUUUCGGAGAUUUUAAAGGAAAACAACGAGAUGGAAGAAAAUGGAAGUAGGGUAAGCGAAGUCUGCGAAGGUGGGGGUUCAAAUGAUAGCAUACCUAACACUGAAUGUCUCAGUCUUGAUGAAGCUCCAAAGAAAAGGAAAGUCAUGCAACCUAGAUCUGAUGCUUGGAACCAUUUUGAGAAGUAUGAUGAUCCUAGUGGAGCUAAAAGAGAAAAAUGUAAGUAUUGUGAAAAAACUUAUGCAGCUGCUACGAAAGGUAAUGGUACUACAUCAAUGAACAAUCAUCUCACUAAGUAUCCCAAAAUGCCCCGUAAAAUAGAAAAUAAUCAAACACAACUAAGUUUUCUACUAGCUUCAAAUGGGACAAAUGAAGGGGUGCUUACCACUUGGAAAUUUGAUCAAGCACUUAGUAGGAGAGCUUUAGCUCAAAUGAUAAUUUUGUUUGAACUGUCAUUUAGUUUUGUUGGAAAGGAAGGAUUUAAGAAGUUUAUAGGAGUCACAAUACCUCAAUUUCAAAUUCCUUCUCGUAGAACAUUGACAAGAGAUUGUUAUGAACUUUAUUGUGAACAAAGACAAAGUUUGAAGAAGUCCUUCAAUGAAGCACGUCCAAAAAUCUGUCUUACAACAAAUACUUGGACUUCUAUACAAAGAAUAAACUAUAUGUGUCUUACUGCUCACUUUAUUGAGAGCGAUUGGAAAUUUCAUAAAAGGAUAAUAAUCUUUUGUCCUAUCUCUAGUCAUAAGGAUGAUGAUAUGGCGGCGGUUAUUACUAAUUGCUUGCUUGAUUGGGGUUUGGAAAAUAUAUUUACUAUAACGGUAGAUAAUGCUAGUUCCAAUGAUGUGACAGUAAGAGAAGUGUCUAAACAAUUGACUACUUGGGGAACUAAUAUAAUGAAUGGUAAACACCUGCAUGUUAGAUGUAUGGCUCACAUACUUAAUCUCAUUGUACAAGGUGGGUUGAAAGAAAUUGGUGUUUCUAUCGAGAGAGUUAGACAAGCUGUGAGAUACAUUAGACUAUCUCCCGCUAGGAUUAGAAAGUUUAAAGAAUGUUGUGAAUCUCAAAAGUUAACUUCCAAGAGAACAUUAUGCUUAGAUGUUUCUACUCGAUGGAACUCUACAUACAUGAUGUUAGACACAGCAUAA